CACACAAUCACACACACAAUCACACACGUACACACACAAUCACACACACACACACGCAUACACACACACAAUCACACACACACCCCUUCCUGGUUGAUGAGGGUAAACUUGUGUGCGCGUCCUCGAGGAGACAGAACACACAGAGAGCGCGAGUCUCGCGCGCCUGAGAAACACUCCGCGCACGAGCCGAGUUGAUCAGAGUUUCCGUGGAAACCUUUCACUUCCUGAUCCACAAAAUCCACGAAUAAGCCAUUUACCUACUGACGGACAUCUCCGAUACUGACCCGGCGGCUCUUUCCUAUCCUUGGGAAGUUGGAUGGUGAGCGUGGAGGAGUGGAAGAAGAGAGAACCUGCUCGCGACCGGCAAGGAGCUGCGCGUGCAUGCGGACGGCAGGAAUAAGAAUAAGAAGUCGGGGGAAGAAUGAAGCGCUUUUGUGGCGCAUUUUUAGACUUUUAAACACCGAGCACGAGGAGGCUGUGAGUUCUGAUCUCAUCCGCGCUGAAUAUCGGAUGAACGGUCGAUUAAUAUUUGACCCGAAUGAUCUUUAUCGCAGUUAAGGAGAUGACCGAGUGUGUCUGAACGUCUGCCAUGGCACUAAAGGAGCUCCCUGCACCUGGAGUUAUAAUUACUGCUGCUGCGGUGGUGCUCUGCUUACUUGGUGGAGUAGGAGGCGAGCGGACCACGCUGCGGGCCAAACAGGGAGGUUCGGCGCUGCUGAAUUGCCCCCUCAGUCCUCCGGCGGAAGUUUCCUCGGCUUCGCUGCACGUAGUCGAGUGGGUCCGGCGGGAUUACGACGUUCCCAUCCUUAUGAAGUUCGGCGCACACGCACCACGAGUGCAUCCCAGAUAUGAAGGCCGGGUGUCUCUUUCCGAGGGGACGGCUCUGAGGGUGAUGGAUCUCGUCCUGGAGGAUGAGGGCUGGUACGAGUGUCGCAUCCUUCUGCUGGACAAAUCCUCGGAGGAGACGCGUAACGGCAGCUGGAUGCUGCUCUCGGUCACAGCCCCGCCUGUGUUCAGCGAAACUCCGCCCUCAAUCAACGAAGCCUUCUUCGGCAGACCAAUCACCUUCAAGUGUGUUGCCCACGGCAACCCAUCUCCCACCAUCGAGUGGUAUAAAGACAGAGUUCUAAUGACCCAGACCAGCGAUGUGAUGGUCCUGAAUGGGAGUCUGACUUUCUCUUCUGUAAGCAGAGAGGCAGCAGGAGGUUACCAGUGCCAAGCCUCUAACAGCGAGGGAAAUGAGAUUCACACCAUGCAGCUCAGGGUCAUAGGUCCUCCCGUCAUCCUGAUUCCCCCGACGGACACCGUCCUUAACAUGUCCCAUAACGCCUUGCUGCGGUGCCAGGCCGAGGCCGAUCCUCCCAACAUGACCUACGUGUGGAUGAAAGAAGGAGAGAACGUCUACCACAUAGAAUCUCUGAAGUCUCGUGUGAAAGUGAUGGUCGAUGGCACGCUGCUCAUAUCCGGUUUAAUCCCGGGGGAUUCUGGGAAAUACACCUGCAUGCCUACGAACGGCCUUCUGACUUCGCCCACUGCCUCGGCCACGCUUACAGUGCAACACCCUGCGCAGGUGACCCAGAUGCCCGAGUGGAUCUUCCUCCCUACAGGAAUGAGAGGAGUGAUCUCCUGCCCGCUGCUUUCCGAACCGCCGCUGCUUCGAGUGGACUGGACCAAAAACGGAAAAGCGCUGGACCUCGACGCUUACCCAGGAUGGAUCCAGACGGCAGACGGUUCCAUCGUUAUCACCACGGCUAACGACGACGCGCUCGGCGUCUACACCUGCACUCCGUAUAACAGCUACGGGACGAUGGGCCGAUCCGAGAGCGCCACCGUCAUCCUGCAGGAUCCUCCGUCUAUCACGCUCGCGCCGCGUAAGGAGUACAGGGCGGAGGCGGGGAGGACGCUGAUUAUUCCCUGCCAGGCGCACGGAGAUCCUCCGCCGAAAGUCACGUGGACCAAGCUCAGUCCCUCUGUCUCUCGCCCUCUGUACUCUAUAACAGGGAACGGUUCUCUGCUCCUUCAGUCUCUGAGUAAAGAGCAUUAUGGGGAGUGGGAGUGCAGUGUGACGAACCGAGUCGCCACCAUCACCGCCGCCACCACCGUCACAGUGCUCGGUACGAGUCCCCACGCCGUGUCCUCCAUGUCCGUUGAAGUCGGAGUAAACCAGGCCAAUGUGUCCUGGGUGCCUGGAUUUGAUGGAGGAUAUACACAAACUUUCACCGUCUGGUCGAAGUGCGUGUGUGCCGUUGAGGAGCAGCAGGAGUGGCGCUCGGCUCCCGGUCCGUCCUCCAGCUCCAGCGUGUUGGUCGGUGACCUCCUUCCAUCCACCGAGUACCAGUUCAGCGUGAUGCCUCACAACAAGCUGGGCAGCGGCCCAUUCAGUGACAUCACCUCUGCCCGAACCAUGGAUGCGCUCCCUGCAUCGUCCAAGCUGGAACCGCCCACGCCGCUAUCCUUCAACCAGAGUUCCGAGGGUGUUUAUCUACGCUGGGCGGUUCCAUCGACUCGGCAGCUACCUAUCGACAGUUUUGUCCUCCAGUCACGUCUUGAGGACGGGGAGUGGUCGACGUUGGAUGAGGACAUCAGUGCGAAUAAGAGUGAAAUGCUUGUUCAGGGAUUGCAGAAGAACUGCAACUACGAGCUAAGACUCCUGUCUCGCCGUGGAGAACAGCUGAGCACGCCGAGUCACUCGAUCAACGUCUCCACUCUGGUCAUGGACACGAACCCUCCAAGUUCACACCUACCUGGGACAGAGCCUCAGCCACUCUGGGCUGGAGUCAUGAUUGGGAUGGGCGUCCUGUGCCUUUUGCUUCUGGUCAUUUUAGUCACGGUGUGUUUAAUUGGCCGUAAAAGAAACCGGCGACACAGGAAGAUGAUGCGGGGUCACCCCGCUGCUCCGUCUAGGAAAGCUGAGUCAGACCCUGACAGCCCUGACAGUGUAUUAAAACAGAAGCUCCUCCCUCUUCGCCCGCUCUCCAGUUCCUCCUCGUCUUCAGACCACUCUUCGGACAAAUCCAAUCGCAACGACUGUCCUGACCAGAAACAGCACCAGCUCCCGUGUACCCAGACCCCUUCCCAGGGAUCAGUACCUCAGAUUCACCUCCAUCGUGCCUCCACCGUGGAGCUCAUUCACCGUGGGCCAGAUGGCCGAUUCAUGCUUGAGCCUUAUGAAGAGUUUGGCACGUUCUAUACCUCUCCAUCCAGGCAUGAAAUGUCGAGGCAAGGCUUUUCACGUUCAUCUGAGCGACCUGGUGAUGCCAAACUUCGUAAAUCACAAUCUUUGCGCUCGUACAGGAGUGAAAGAAGGCAUCCUCCUUUCGUCCUGUCCGUGGACAUGCCGUCUUGUGGAUUGGACAUUUCUCCUUCGGGCAGAGCGCAAACGUUGCCCAGAUAUGGCUGCUACUCUGUGUCUCUUGGACAGGAGAUCUCAAAUAGAUCAAGUUUGUCCUCUGAGAUCAGCGGUUCGGUUCUCUACCCACCGUCGGACAACUGUCCGACGCUAAAGCGUGGCGACACUCACUCCACAGCCAGCACGCUUGUUCUACAAAUGGAGCAUGAAAGAGAACAAGGCAAUCUUAGCCGGUGUCUUAGGCUGGCCCAGGAGAGAGAGGAGCUGGAGCGAGAGUUGCGUAAGUACACUCUGGAUCGGAACUUUGAAGUCAAGAGAGGUGGGUCACUCCGAGUGGAGUGCAAGAGAGGAAUUGCAGAGAAUGAUGAAACAGCCUGGAAAAGCAGAGGACCAGGAUCCUUGCAUGUUACACAACUGUCCAACAGAGAGCAGUGUCUAUCCAGUAACACUAUUAUUCCAAGAGUAAGAGCUUCCUCUUGUAUUCCGUGGGAGGCUGGAUAUAUAAUGUCUCCCAGUAAUCUGGUAAAAGCACAGAAUUGCCAUGAAAGUACGUUUGAGUGCCUGAAGAACUCUCAUUUAAACCAAAUGUCAAACCACAGAAGGUCUAAAAGUCUAGAGCGAGGGGAGCACCAAAGAUCACGUGUUAAAGAUCAGCGGCGAAGGCGAACCAUGACUGAAGGUGCCCCUGUCAAUUUUGAUAAUAAACCUUUAGACUCAACACUGGAAAGAUCUCAUUAUAGUGUGGAGGGCAGCCUGAAGAAUCCUGUAGCCUACAGUCGCAGUCAACAGCAUGUUUUCCCAAGAAUGAGUCACCUGGGAGAGGCACAGCAAGGAGGAAAUGUGGAGAAAAGCAGAGGACGGGCUGGCUGUGCAACUGAUUAUGUGGAGAUGUGUGUGGAUGAGCCAGAGAUACAGGCUCAUACUCGCUUAACGAGGUCCAUGCCAAGGUCCAUGGAUUCUCACAGACCCAGUCUAUAUCAGCUGCAGAUGGAGACAGAAAGACAAUCAGGGUACAAAACCGUUCAGAGAGGCUUGAGAAGAGACUCCGAGAGGAUGAGUAGUGGGUCAAGCAGAACCCUUCCCUCAAAACAUCGACAAAGACCGGCUUCCCAGAAUGGUCUUAGUGGGGAUUCCCAAGAUAUAAAUCACCACAAAAGUGCCCCUAGUUUGGAUGAUAAAAAGUACAGUGAGCAAUUCCUGCCCCCUGACGCCUGGAUUGACUCCCUAAGCAUGGCGCGAAAUUCCUCCCUGUCUCCUUGUCCAAGUGGAGAGGAGAACCAGGUGACCCAGAGUCAAGAAACUGAACCGUGUGCACCUUCAGAAAAUCAGCUUCGAGACUCCUAUCGUCAGCAGGCCUCUAAUGGUGCCUCUACUGCUGAUCAAGACGGCCAGCGCCACAGUCCGCCUUCCGUGCCUCUAGAGGGUUCCCACUGGCCUCCGAUGCAUUGCUAUUCCCCAGAACCCGAGGGAAGUUGCCGGAGCUAUGCCAGCCAUAGCAGUGGCAGAGGAAGUAUGGAUCAGCCGAGCAGCAGGCAGUCUCUGUCUUUUAGCCCACCUCUAAACAGCUCCCUAGAGAUCCCCGAGGAGAGCGAUAGAGACGAGGCUGGCCAGCGCUCGCUACAUAAAUGCUCCAGGAGAGAUUCCGUCGAUGAGAACUACGAGUGGGACUCUCACUACGACUCCGUGAACUCUAAUGACCUCAAAACUUCAAUGAGCACAGUAUGCCUGCAGGGGGAGAUCCUGAGCAAGGGAAGACGGAGGAGUGUGGCGAACGACAGCAGGUUGUCCUUAAAGCAGGACAAGAGAGGUCUGUACCGCUCGGUUAGCAUUUUGCCCCCCAGCUGUGAAGAGUCUCUCCUGGAGCGGGAAAUUCAGCACGGCUCCAUGUCCUACUCUGACCCUAAUCCUGCUGCUGAAGCGGUGUUAUUCUGAGUCUUGACGGAUCCUCUGGACCAAACAUGGUGGACCUCGAAACACGAGAGACUCCAUAACGUCGAUGAGAAACCAACAAAGACGCGGGACCUGUUUCUCACGUCCCGUGUUCGAAGUUCCCUCACCGCUUCCGCUUUCCGUUCCGCUCUACGCGACUUUAAACGCCUGUCGGGCGAAAUUAUGCAAACGAAGACAGCCCGAUACUUUCCCGGACAAAUCCAGCUGUCAUGACAUCUCCAGUGACAUUUGAAUUCGGGAUAAUUUCCCCGUGGGAUCGAGGAGAGCGACUCCGAUUGGUUGCACUCACCGGUCUCAAAGGAUGAAGGAAAUGAAUCCCUCGUUUCAUCACUCGUCUGAGAUCACACCGAGGAGCAAAGUGACUCGAGAUACCUGCUCCAAAUAAACUGCCGCGCUCUUUCGGCACUGCGAUUCACACUUCCUGUACCUGCGAAAUGAAAGAGAACGUAAAAAAAAGAAAAAGUUUAUGCCAAGGAUGGAACAGGUCUAAAUCGAGGAAGGUUGCCAGUCCAUGUGGUCAGAUUCGGGUAUUUUCGAGUGCUUCGGAUGCAGUUCGAAGCAAACUUUCCGCACGGCGGUCAGCCGCGGACUAGGAUAUCGAUCCGCGCUCGGAGACCGAGCAGUGGGAUUAAAAGCCUGGUCAGUUGUGAGUAAAAGUUCUAACGUGAAAGCUUUCUUUUUGCACUCCUUGCCUUUGGGAAUAACAUGAGAGGACGCAAACUGCGAUCGGUGCUCUGAGGGCGUAAGAGGUGAUCCAUUAUAUACUGUGAAAAUGGCUCGAUGGAAGGCAGAGUUCUCUUUUUCAAAACAAAACGGAAACUUACGUGAAGGAUUACAGCGAAAAACGACAACCGAGAUCAGACUGUUAACCGUUUAUUACACUUUUACAGUCAGUAUAUUCGAUAUAUUUUUCACAUUUACUUCCAGACACUUUAUCCUCAUUUAUGAAUGGAUUUAUUUGUCAGUUAUUUGCAGGGGGAUUUAGACACGAAAUGUCGUUUCAUGAAAAUCCAGUCGUAUUUGUGUACAUUUAUAUCACUUAAGGAGAGUCGGUAAUGGGAACCUCGAUUGAUCAGCUUCAAAACAUAUAACCGUUGAUGAGUUGCUUCGAUUUUAUAAUAUGGAUUACUCUGACCUCACUUAUUUAUUUCCAUUACACACACUCAGUUCCUGGUAGCUUAGCGGUUAGCACGUUCGCUCUAACCCUAACCCUGCCCUCUCUGGGCGGAGUUCGCGUGUUCUCCCCGUGCUGCGGGGGUUUCCUCCGGGUUCUCCGGUUUCCUCCCCCGGUCCAAAGACAUUCAUGAUAGGCGGAUCGGCGUGUCCAAAGUGUCCGUAGUGUAGGAACGGGUGUGUGAGUGUGUAUGUGAUCGUACCCUGCGAUAGAUUGGCACUCUGUCCAGGGUGUACCCCGCCUUGUCCCCUGGGAUAGGCUCCAGAUUUCCCCACGACCCAGUAGGACAAGCGAUAUAGAAGAUGGAUGGACCUCAAUUCCUUGACUUCUAGAACAGAAAACAUCUAUUCAUAAAUACUAGCCGUUUAAUUUAAAUAAAAGCAGAAGAAAAAAAAGAGGAGGAGUUAUUGUGUGUCUGUGGUAGCUGCAGUGGCUGAGCUGCAUUACUGGAUUUAGAAGAUUUGGAGCAUACCAUGCUUAAGAGGCGCUCGUCCACCGUCUUAGUCACUCCCUAUGAGGGUUGCCUUUUAUGGAGUUUUGUAGGCGUGGCCGAAUGUAGAUCUGUCACGAAGACGCUCUGUAGUUUACAGAUGAUUGGUGGUUGUCGGCAAACGCACGAGUCCGAAAAACAUCAGUGUGGUUCUCUGUAAUUUUGUAAAUCUAUUGGGAAUAUUUAUUUCUGGUAUUUAAUUCCAGUAUUUACUUGACCUAUGAAAGCAAAGAUUGAUAAAUGAGGCCCAGCGUGCAAUUUAUUACUAUUAUUAUUCAUUUUUUUCAUAUAAAAGUCAGUCAAAGCACACAGUUUGCCAGAUAUAACUCUUUUAUAAAAACACAGGAUGUUGAAUAACUCGUUAAAUGUCAGCUCAGUUCACAGGGGAUCACACACACACACACACACACACACACACUAAACUCCUUUAAACUCUGCGGACACGGUCUCAGCGUACAGAUUCACACCGAGAGCAUCAAUAUCUCCAUUGAAACGGUCAUUAAAGUCGCCACACCGAUCGCGAGAUUAUUCCGUUUUAACGUCGUGAGAAAGAAGCCUGGAGAGAGACGGGACCGUACGACUUAAAAGGUACAAAAACGUCGACAAUUUCCAAUUUAGACUAACAUUGCGGAGUUAUCGCAGACUGUAACGCACCACAUCGUGCGGCGUUUUCCGAGAUUCCAGAUCCAAACAUUUCCGCUCAUCGGCGCCGAAAGCUGAAAAAAAAAAAACGAACGAAACCGCGGAGCGAUUCGGGAAACGCUGACGCGCCUCGGAGAGUCGCUGAAACAGAGUCAUUUGGCUUUCAGGGUUUGGUGAAAGAGAGGAUUAAGUAUAAUUACACAUUGUAGGAUUUCACACACGGUAAUCUUACUUGAAAGCUUCUGUCACUGGAAAAAAAAAAAAAAAAAAAGAGAGAGAGAGAGUCAAAGAGUAAAAAUAAAACAACCUGACAGUUUCAAUUUUUUGUCAUAAUUGCAGCUCGCGCGGUUACGAAGACAAUCAGAGACGGAAUGAUGGACGUCUCCGGCCUAGUCGUUAUUUUAUCCUGUUUUUUUUAUUUAAAAAAAAAAAAAAACCUCGCACGGACCUCGUUUUUCGAACUGUUAAAGACCGGAGGAGGAAAAGAAAGGAGAUAAACAGAAGAGAACAAACGGACGAAUAAAUAAAUAAUAAUUGAGAAAAUCAUUUGUAAUGAUGAUACCGCGGGAAAAAUCUCCAUGCUACGUAGGCUACGUUAACAGUUUAGACAUCUAGGCUAAUUAGCUUUCCAUUCACAUCCGUCGGUCCUUUUUCUUCCUUCCUUCCUUCACUCAUCCGACAGCCGGAGAAACACGACUUCCUGUCAGCUUUCACAGUGUGACCCUUUACCCUGAUCCGUUUGUCUGACGACGCUAUAAUCAGCGCGCGUAUCUCUCGGUGGCGCUAAAAGCAACUCAUCGCUAAUUGUUUGCAGGGCUCCUCACCUCCUUGCGUUACUCACGUGACCCCGGUAAUCGGCUCGAACAGACGCUAGACAAUCUUCCGAAUCGGGACGUGGAAAAUACAGCAUCGUGUAGAGAAAAAGAAGAAGAAAAAACGUCUGACGCUAGCACGACGCGGUCACUUAGCACGCUAGCUCAAACAGCUCCCUGCUGAAAUGUCAGUCAGAGACUUCCUGCCGCUUUAACGCAUUACGAUUCUGUGAAUACGAUGCUUUUCAUCUGCUUUUUAUUCGGUAGUUAUUUUAGUUUCCUCUUAUUCAGGCGUGACACAAACCAAAAUAAAUGCAUCCAAGAAACUUUUCUAUCCACCACGCUACGCUGAGCGCGAACGCCGCGCCUGCUUCCGAAAUCGGUAGGCCUUAAUCCCGCCGCCUGAUUAACCGGAUUAAUUAAUAAUUGAAUAAUUCACCUUCGAAUCGUGAAAUGAUGUGUAAAAGGAGUUUCAUUACCUGCUUUACCUUCAGCGUAGCAGUGUUUUAUUCCGUUUCUUUUACAGACAGUUAGGCACACGAGAUGCACGCUCGCCUCAGACUAACCGCGAUCGACAUUUACGCUUAAUCAGGAGAGGUAAUGGAGUGCCACAUUUCCAUCCGGCAUUGUCUUCUAGCAGACACUCAAAAUUAGUCACGGAUAAUCGAACGCAUUUAAAAUGUGUGUUUCUCGGCGUUUUAAGCCGUUUCGCAACGACGUCGUUGUAGGCUAUAGAGCAACGGUGUCGGAUCUUAUCCGGAAAGCUCCGGCGUGGCUGCGGGUUUUCAUUCCGACCGAGCGGGGGCCACACCCGAGUCUACCGGAAGCUCAAGAUCAGCCGAUUUAAACGGGCGGAAUCGGGUGUGGCUCCUGCUCGACUGGCAUGAAAACCCGCACCCACACCGGCCCUUCCCGGAUAAGAUCCGACACCCGUGCUAUCGGCUACGCAAAGCAUCAAAACCCAUCACGGGAAGCCAGAUCGGGAUGCGUUUCACGCCACGGCGCUGUUGAAUUCUCCGUCCUGAUUGGUCAGAAGGCGUUGGUUCGUUUUCUGUAUACAGAAAAGAGUUAUCGUUUCUAUGGAAAUGCUUCAUCCACAGGAAUCGAUGCUGCGCAUAAAAGGUUUCUGCGUCGGAGACGUUCACGGAAGGAGUCUCCAGCGUCGGUGGCUUGUAAGAGCUUGUAGGUUUUCAGGACAGGGGAGUUUACAACUGCUGUAACGUAAGCGACAACAGGAAAUACGCUGUUCUACAGGUAUAAAUGGAUAAUAAGUAUGAUGUAUAGCUCUUUAACAGGCAAAGCGUGCAAUCACUGGGAGGGAAGUUGCUGUCAUAUAAGAGGAAUAAAACACUUCACGGUGUGGUGUUGUAAUAAUAAUAUUAAUAAUAAUAAUAAUAAUAAUAAUAAUAAUAAUCAACUUCCACAUCUAAACCUACAACCGCCGCUUUAUUCUUUACUCGACUCUGACCAAAGUGUGAAGGAAAGACGCACGUUUGUCGCACGUGCUCUAUUUUGCUAUUAUGAUAUUUUUGUACACUACUGUUCAUGUGAUUAUGAUGAUUUUCUUUUUAUUUUUUUACAUUCCUUUACCACCAUGCAAUGUAAAUAUCCUGACAUGUAAAUGUUUAUAUAACCGAUCGACGACUACGUGCUGUCUAUCCAGAUUUUAGAGUAUUUUUCUAGACUAGACAAGGUUAUUUUUCUUUUUUUUUCUUUUCUUACUUCUCUUUUAAACUCCUGGGCUCAUCAGUAAAUAACGAGGGCAGUUACUGUACAGAACGGCGAUAUCUCCAGCUGUUUAAACCCAACCAGAUGUUGUUACAGCUUUGUACAAUGAUUUUAUCGACAUGGUCACAUGGGAUAUUUCUGUGCGAUGAGUUUAUACAUUAAAAGUAAAUGAUUAAUA